AUCUGUUGCAUGCAAAGGGUUUGGACCUGAGAGAAGGGGAAUCCAAUCCUCUUAAUGCACUCACUUUUUCAGUUCGAAUGGUGAGCCGCACAGUGUUGUUGAUACACCUGGAUCUGAAGAUACUGACCUGAGAUUGGACAUGCUGGUGGAAGCAUUGCUAAGAAAUUGGAGGAAAUGGACAUAACUACCUGAACUACCAGUGAAGGCUCUUCUCUGGAUCGGGUCAGCCACGGUUUCUGUGGAGAGAGGACUACCUGCGGGGAUUAGAUGUAGAUGACAACUAUGGGAACUCGCGGUGGGUGAACAAAACUUCAUUUUGUGCUUGCAGCUGUCUUUUGUAGGGGAAAGACUUUUGCGUCUUUUAUUCUUUUUGUUGUUUAUUUUGUUUUUGCCACCGUUUGACGAAGGCUAUCGGAUAAAAUGGGUUGCUCUCCAUCUAAGGGAAAACUCUUCCCUGGGGUUUCCAGCUCGAACAAAAAGGCUCUCACGGCACCACCUGAAAACUCUGAGCAUGUUGCCACAAUCACUGAGAGCAGCGAUCAAUGUGUUAUGGACAAAUCUGCUACUGAUUUUGGUUCUGGAAAAGAUGAAGGGGAAGACCCUGUUGUCUGUCAAGAAAGAAGACCUUCUCUGGCUGAGGUAAUCUGUGAUACCAAUACAGUAAUGGAGGAUGUCAUAGAGAAAAUAGAUGAAGAUCUAGUGGCCCAAGGGAAGUUAUCACAAGUGGAACAGCCCCAUGGUAAACCACCACGAGAGAAAGGUGAGAGAAGAAAGAAAAGCAAGGGAGUAAAGAAAGUAAGGCCAAAGGAUAAGGUUCAAAAGAAUUCCCUUGUCCAAGCAAAGAUUGAGCUUCCUGAAGACAUGGUGAAAGCCCACCAGGCUGCCUAUGCUUACCUGAACCCCAAUAUCUCUAAAUAUGAGACAUUGCUGGGACUGCUGGACCAAGCAGCCCAAACUCAACUCUCCCUGCAGCCAAUGGUGACCAUGGUGGCAAUGCGGUAUGAUGAGAUGAACCAAACCUUAGAGGAGAUGGCCAGAGAGGGCGAAAGGAUGCUCGAGGAGCACGGGGAACACAUGGCCUGGCCAGCUGCCCUGAUGAACACCCCACUGGUUCCUGGUGUGAAGCAAAGUGAGGAGGAUCAGAGCUCCCCUGGGCCGCCACCCCCAGACCUGCUUCAGCAGCUUCUUCAGCACUCCACGGAGAAGAUGCGUCUGGUGGGACAAUCUGUAACAGGCCUGGGCGACUCUGCCCUUGAGGAGGCCACUGUGUAUUUUGCCUCCCUCUCAGAGCUUUUGGGGGAGAAGCUGAACACAAAGAGGGCUGUAGAGAGUCGUCUGAAGCUGGUACUGACUCGUGUGGAAGCUGCUGCUGUACGCAAGCUUGGUCUGGAAGAUUGUGCCUUGCACAGUGAGGACAGUGGCAUUGGUGGGGAGAAUGAGAGCCUCACAGGGUCAGAACGGCACCGACAGCACAGGGAGAGCUGUACAUCCUUUGGUGCUCAAAAUGCUGCAAAUAACCUGCUUCAACCACAUGGUGAAGACGAGGAAGAUGAGGAGGAGGAGGAAGAUGAUGACGAUGAAGAAAUAGAAGAUGAGGAGGGGGCUACAGAGCAAGAUGUAGCUGAAAGAACAGACCGGAGGUCUUCUAGCUCCUCUUCACCAGCUCACAAUCAAAAGCCCAAUCUCAGAGUAUCCAAACGAAAUCCCAGCAAUGAACAGAAGUUGACAACACGCCCCAAAACUGCUGACAAUACUCAACCAAGACAGAGGCAUGGUCAGUUAAGAAGACCACGUCGUACACGCUCCUUGGAGAACCUACAAAGGCAAAUUGAGAACCCCUCCUUUGUUGAACCAAAUGGGAAUCAGAGGAGGCAGGAGAGAAUUGGAAGAGACGUGGAUGGUGUGAGAGGGGCUGUUGGAGUGAGCUCAUUAAAGGCAAGGUUGAGAAGACACUCCUCAAGUAUUGGGCUCAGUGCCCCAUCUACUACAUUCCCUGUGUUGGCCCCACAACCUCCAGGUCGUCAUGCAGUCAAGAGACUAAUCACAACUUUCAGUAACGGAGUGGAUGACAAACCAUCUGUCCCUCCCCAUCUGAAAAUAAACAGGAAAUGCCGUUUCCCCAUGAUCUCCAAUGCACAGGCAAGUUUCGAUGGCCCCAGCAAAAAAAACAAUCGGGGGGCCUCCAGACUCCCUGACAGGCAGGAUGAUCUAGAUGUGGAUAGCCUUCCUCCACCUCCCCCAGAGGUACUGAUGGACAACUCCUUUGAGAUAACAAGAGGAUCUCAUGGGCGUGAGGAAGAAGGGGAAAACAAUGGGCCUAACAUGGGUCGUUCCGCAGUGCGCCAGAAAAACAGCGUGUCCCAGAAACUCCGGGCAUCUGUGCAGUCCAUGGCAGUGUUGCCUAAUCGAAGGAGCAUCCAUCCAGGCUCCCUAAGCGUAUCUCCAGCCUGCCCCACUAAAGCAGAUGCUGUGGAGGAUCAGCUAGAUGAUGCAGAUGCUGAAAGAGAGGAGGCUGAGACACUCUACCGCCAAGCUCGUAAGAUCAUCCACUUGCGUGAUGCUGCAGGUUCUCCAGCCAAUAUAUACCAGGAUGGUAUCUGGAGCACUUAUGCUGCUCCAGCUGGGCUAAGAUCAAGACAAGGAAGCAAUGACCAUAGUAGUGAUGGUGAUACUUUAAGCCCACCGUCCAACACCUGCCCACCAACGACACCUCCUGUUUCCAGAACCCGGAUGCCACCUUCUUGCCCCUCGGUGUGCCACACAAUCCCUGCGCCCCCAACUUGUCCCUCUGGGGGCCAGUGGCGGGCACCCUCACCCCCAGCCUCAGCCGCCCCAAGGUGGAUAAGCGGGAACAGUAACAGUGAUGAAAAUAUCCCUCUCUUGACCGCUGUGGCAUUUGCAAGUGCUCGCUCUGUCUUCUGUCAAGACCAGACGGCCAAGACACCCUCCUGCACGUCUACCUUGCCUCGCCCCUGGGGAGAGAACUCCCGCGGGAGACAACCCACCACUCGUGGUCUGCAGGGCUUCACCCGGCGCAGCUCCUCAGAACAGCGGGGAUCCAUCUCCCAUCAGACUGAGCAGUCCCUUACAACUUCCCAGGAUCCAGCUGAGCCCAGUGACACCCAUGCAGAGUCAGACACCAACUGAUUGACAUGAACAGUGCUGGAAGAUGACCAAUGAGAUCUCUGCAUGGUGGUUCCCUAAGUGCUCCUUGAGCAACGGUAUCCAGGAUUUACAGAGCACUGUAGGUGAUGAAGAGGAGGAGCCAAUGCACAUUAUGGAUUAAUGGGGUUUUCGGGUGAAGGCUAUUUCUCUUCUCUAACAACGUUAUAGGAACUGACAGAGAUGCCAGCUUCAGAGAGGUGUAUUGUGUAACAUUUCCUAAUAUAUAACAACAUAUUUGUUUUCUCAGAAUUGUGUCUUUGUUUGCUAUUUUUAGAUGUGGACUUUUGUGGCUUAUUUGGACUGUUUGUAUCCAAUCAUUUUUGUAUGUUUUAUAACUCACUGUAGUUGUAAAGAACAGACUAAAGAAAUGCCAAAUAUAUUUAUCGAUAACACAGCCUAAAACUGUUAACAUGUCAUAUGAAACAUAUUAAUCAAGAGUGAAGACAACAUCUACAGUUUUCAGGAUUUCAGUACUGUUUAAGUGAACACUUAUUUUGCUGUUUAUCCAGUUAUUCUGAGCAAGUGAAGAAAAUAUUCUUAUUGCUAAAGAUAGAAAAAAAUAACAAAUAACAAAGAUACAAAUAAUGAAACAAAUAUAACCUAUAAACAUUCAGCAAAACAGAGUACUAUUUUGAGAGUUUCACAAUGACUUGGGGGCCAAGCAGAGACGUAGGCACUCAUUGUGUUUCAACAUUCAUCUUCUUCUACUGGUUAGGGAGUCUAUGGCAGCCCCUAGAACUGUAUGGUAAAGAAGUUUUAACAUUUGGCAAACAUACUGGGGACAGUACCCUGAUUAUUUUCACCAAGUUUCAUGUCUGCGCCUGUAGCAUGACUACUCAAAGUUGGACCUACGUGUAUGCACGUAACUUUUGAACCGUAUCAUGUCAACCAAAUUUAUGUGGCCGCCAAAUUGAAUUUAAUAAAAAAACUUUUACGUUUUCACUGUCCACAAACCUUGUCGAAUCUUCACCCCACUUGGCACAGGUCAUCUUCAGACAAAGCCUCACAAAAGUUAUCAGACGUUAUUUGUCCGUUACAGUCUAUCGAACAGGAAGUGAGCUCAUUUAUCUUCCAAAUUGACAUAAUUGACAUGAAACUUGCUGUGAGUGCUUGCAACCAUGCCUUUGACAUAAUGACAUCGAGUUCCCAUGGCAACUCUGGCCUGCUGGGCUGCUUGGCCCCCUCAUUGCUUUAUUCUUCCUUCAUUUCUGUAGUUUGAUUUUUCAUUUACAUUCUUCAUGUUGGUGUUUGCUUUGAGUUUGUUUUAUACAUGUUCUCAAUAUAAUAUAUAUCCUCAUAA